AUGUCUUCAAUGAUAUCCACAUUUAAAGGUUUAUUAGCAGGUGCAGUCAUCACACCCAUUGUUGCCAAAUACAUCAUUGCUCCCAGGUUCUUUGAUCCAAAUAUUAUGAAGGAGAUCCAUUACAUUCAAAAGGAGUUGGAUUUUGUUGGUUGGAAUGUAAGGCAUUUAGAAGAAGAACGAGGUGUUAAAGAAGAUGAUUUAUAUACUCCAGCAACUUAUUACGCUCAAGGAUGA